AUGUCAGAAGCCACUGCCCCACCUCCCACCGCCGGCGCCUCUACAGCCGGAUCAACACUCAUGAAUCCUACCGCUACCCAAGCUCAAGGCCAGACCGGCCAACAAGAUGCUCUUGAUAAAGGUGUAGACUACGUCUUAGGUAAAGCGGGACACAAGCAGAACGUAUCUACUACUGAAAAGAUCUCGGAUGGGGUCAGAUCAGGAUUCAAGAAGUUAACCGGAAAAGACGUUCCGAUCCAAGAUAAACAAUAG